CAGACCGUGGCUCACUCCGCAUCAAAUUCCAGCCCUAUUUUGUUUGCAGAAAUAUCACCUGAAAUCUUAUCUGUCGCACUCGGUUACGUCAAGUCAACUGCCACAGGUAGCUGCUACCAACUACUCAAUCAGACAGAGCACCAUCAGUUUUCAUUCAAGCAUCGAACGAAAAUGAACGAUCAGCAGAUUCAGGUAGCGUUCGACCUUGCCCUGGAACUAACCAAACAGUGCGGUCCUAUCGUACGGGAGGGUUUCCGGAACACGACGAAAUCGGUCGCCAACAAGGGAAGGCACUGGGAUUUGGUCACGCAGUACGAUCGACGCGUGGAAGAUGUCCUAAUCGAGGGACUGAAAAAACGGUUCCCAGACCAUCGGAUGCUCGGUGAGGAAUCUACCAGCGCUGCCAACAUUAAGGAGCCGCUGGACGAGAGACCAACGUGGAUCAUCGAUCCCAUUGAUGGAACGAUUAAUUUCGUCCGUGGUGUAAAAUUCAUCGCAAUUUCGGUGGCGUUGGUGGUGAGCGGAGAUCUGAAAAUUGCAAUCCUCUAUAACCCAUGCUUGGAGGAGAUGUAUACAGCGAUUGCCGGACAGGGAGCUUUCCUCAAUGGAGAACGGAUCCGAGUCAGCGGAAUAGAAGACCUUAAAAGCUCGCUGAUCGGACACGAAAUUUCCAUUGCCAGCUACGAGGCAGCUCGUCCGCACAUCUUCGGUCGCGGUCAGGAGCUCAUCAAGGAGUGCACCGGAUUGAGGGCUAUGGGAUCGGCUGCCUUAUCAUUAGCCUACAUCGCCAGUGGUAAUCUGGACGGCUACUGCAUCGAGUAUUUGAAACCGUGGGACAUUGCGGCAGGUGCACUCUUGAUAAGGGAAGCCGGGGGCGUUGUCAUCAACAUUAACGGAGGCCAGUACGAUAUUCUGAAACCGGACAUAAUUGCCGCUAGCAGUGAGAAAUUGGCUCAUCGUUUACUCGAAAUUGUUCGCCAGGUGAACGAAAACGUUAACGGACAGAAAUAAAGGAAUACCUACAAAUCUUUCAUUGUUAG